AUGGCGUCCAGUGGUGCAAGCUUUGUCAAAGAAUUUGACAUGGAGACCGUAGCAAGCUUUACACGCAAGCAGAGCAUCGAGGCAUUCUUGCCGUCGCGAAUCGUUGCGUUGUCACACGUGGUGGAGAUGCUCGACACGUUUGCGAUGGAGCUCUAUGAAGUCGCGUUGGUAGCAGCAAGAAAUGGAAAAUCAUUUCGUCUUCAGAGGCUGGUAAAACACUUCGACUGCAAUAUUGUGAAAUUAGCGACGGUUGCUACACAUGAAGGGGAAAAGACAAAAGCACUGAUAGGACCCUGUAUCCCUGAACAACGGCUACUGGAAGCAGUAGGAGAAAGUGACGAUUUGGAUACUACCAAACAGCUAUACAGCUGGUGUCAGUGGAAUCGAGUUGAGGAGAAAUGCCUUCCACACCUCCUAUCAUCGGCCGCAGCAAAAAGGCGCGUUGAUAUUCUGGAGUUCGCCGCUGAGGAAACAGUCGAGUGGUACUCGAGCUUGUAUUUCGUACCGGGAGCAUUGGCACACGAAACCAGGAUCGUGCUGAGUAAAAUUCGAGUGAUUAUGGAGCGCUGUCCAGAACUCCAACGCUGGUACCGUCAGGCAUUAAUCAAUGCAUCGGAUAACGACCAGCACCACACUGCAGAAGCGAUCUAUGCAUUGUUCCCUCCUUUCGGAAGUCAGAGCUUACUUGAGCUCCUGAUAAAUAAUGACGAUACGGACGCGAUGCAAUCGGUUUGUGCAGCAAACAACAAGCGGCCGUUUAUUCGCUCUGAUGUCAUGGCUCAUGCUCUAAGGAUUUCUGUGGAGCGCUCUCACUGUCGUGUUUCGUCCGUAUUGCUGGAUUGGGGGAACAUUGCACCGGAGGCAGUGGCAGCAGCUUUCCGUAAUGUUGUUCGCGCUAGGUGUUUCGACGUAGCAACUCGGAUUUUUGGAAACCUGUCGCGAUUCAAGGAAGUGUUCGAGAGAGCGGUGCGAUUCUAUAUUGAAUAUGGAGGUCCAGAGCAACUUGUGUUUGUCAAGUUCCUCGUUGGCGGCAGCUGUGAAAUACCGAGAGGCUCGAUCGAUCGGGUGUUUGUGGAUGCGGGAACUGCUAGCUGCAUCGGUGUUAUGGCGGUAUUGUGCAGAAGCCGAUACUUUUCCGGUGAGUUGAAGGCGACGGUAUUUAGACGUGCGUGCACCAACACCCAACGGAAGGUUUUAAAGUUCUUGUGGGAAAAUGGUCACGUUCCCUCUUGGCUGGCUGCCGAGAUGCUAGUGGCGGCAGUUCGGCAGAAGAACGUUCGCGUUGCCAACUACCUGGGGGGGCAAGCGUGGAUUUCCCGUGAUAAUUGCAAUUGCAUCAGCGAAUUCAUUAAUGCUGCUAGGAUGGAUGAUUUAACUGUUGUGGAGUGGUUUAGCAAUCACGGUUGA